UCCAAUCGUUGUAAUUAGAGCGCUGUAGCCCAUGAAAUUAUGUAAUGAACUAAUGGACGGUCCGGAUCGACUGUCCACGUAUUCCAACGCAAAUAGGAGUAUUGGAAUACACUUCCAGUCUUUGCCGCCACCCCUGUAAUUUCUGUGAGUUCGAACAAAGUAGUGUAAUGCCCGUUGAUGGCGAGAAUCCAAUCAAAUUCAAAAAGCCUUCCAAACGCACUCUCAAAUGAAUGGCAAGAACCUCCCUCCGUGAAUUCCUCCUCCGCUUCAAUCUUAUUUCCCCUUCAAAUCCCACCACCUCCAGACUCUUUUCUUCCGCUACCCAUCCAAACACCAUUUCCCUCUACCACCCAUCUCUCCUUCCUCUCCAUUCCUGCCAAUCCAUGAAACAGCUCCUCCAAAUCCAAUCCCAUCUCAUCUCCACUGGCCUUUUCCAGGAUCCGUUUACCGCCAGCCGUAUCUUGAAAUUUUCCGCUGAUUCCGGCGAUAUCACUUACACUGUCUUGAUAUUUCGCCAGAUCAAUUCCCCCGACUCUUUCUGCGUGAACACCGUUAUCAAGGCGUAUUCACAGUCGUCCGAUCCUGGCAAUGCUGUGGAGUUCUAUUUCGAGAUGCUACGGAGAGGGUUCUUACCGAAUAGCUACACGUUCCCACCAUUGGUGAGUUCAUGCGCGAAGAAGGGGUGUGCGGAUGAUGGCGAGAAGUGCCACGGGCAGGCGGUGAAGAAUGGGGUCGAUGCGGUUGUCCAUGUGAGGAAUGCUUUGGUGCAUAUGUAUGCGAGCUGCGGGCUCGUGGGAUGCGCUCGGCAGGUGUUUGAUGCAAUGCCUGUGAGGGAUUUGGUUUCUUGGAACUCGAUUGUUGAUGGGUAUGCAAAGAUGGGCGACUUGGUUAGUGCCCGCAGUUUGUUUGAUGUAAUGCCGGAGAGAAAUGUGGUUUCUUGGAAUGUCAUGCUUGCAGGGUAUUUGAGAGGGGGGAAUCCGGGUUGUGGGCUGAAGCUGUUUCGGGAGAUGGGAAGGGCGGGAAUGAGAUCGAGCCCUACGACAGUGGUGAGUGCGGUUACAGCAUGUGGUCGGUCAGCUAGGCUUAAGGAAGGGAGAAGUGUUCAUGGGUUUUGGGUGAGGAACUUCGUAGAGCCUAGUUUGAUAUUUGACACGGCUUUGGUUGACAUGUACUGUAAAUGCCAGAGGACUGAAGAUGCAAGGAGAAUGUUUGAUGGGAUGGAAGAGAGGAAUUUGAUUUGUUGGAAUGCCAUGAUUUUGGGGCAUUGCAUUCAAGGGAUUCCAGAAGAUGGGCUCGCCUUGUUUGAGGAAAUGGUGCAGCAAGGUUCUGAAGAUAAAGACAGCGACAAUGACGUGCGUCGAGGAGGAAAUGGCCUUUUACCAGAUGAAGUUACCUUUGUUGGGGUCUUAUGUGCAUGUGCUCGUGCUGGAUUGUUGUUUGAAGGGAAGAAAUACUUGGAUCAAAUGACCCGUGUAUAUGGCAUUAUACCCAAGUUCGCUCACUUUUGGUGCAUGGCUAACCUCUAUGGUAGGUUUGGGCUUCUUCAAGAGGCAGAGGAGGUCUUAAGGAACAUGCCUGAGGGGUCAGAAUCAAUGGUGUGGAGUAGCUUACUUGGGUCAUGUCGGUUCCGUGGGGAUGUUGAAUUGGGAGAGCAGAUAGCGAAGCGCCUAAUUGAGUUGGAACCAUACAACGGCUCUCGCUAUGCUUUGCUAUGGAAUGUGUUUGCAGUUGCGGGUCGAUGGGAGGAUGUUGCUAAGGUGAAGGGAAUGAUGAAGGAAAGAGGGGUGAGAGUAACACCCGGGAGUAGUCUUAUAGACUUGAAUGAAAUCGUCCAUGAAUUUAAAGUAGGAGAUAGAUCACAACCAGAGAUGGAGAAGAUAUAUAUGAUGAUGGAUGGAUUGGCAGAGAGGCCAAAGGUGGGAAUAGAAUCGCCUGACCCCAUGGAAUUUGGCUAGCAACCAGAACACAGCGCCUGCGUAACCUUGUGUUGAUUUGGAUAAUUGCAGUGGGUAGGCAUGGAAGUUUUUGGUUUCCUCAUUGUAGCUUACCCCACAAAAGGAUUUCGAAAUGCGAAUUCAAAAGUUUUGCUUACCUUCACGAGCAAGAACGUUCCAAACCAAUAAAAAGAUUAUUUUCUCAUUUGGGCUCAUGCCAGACGUGCAUUUUCUGGUCUGAGAUGUGAUUAGAUUAUAGAGACAUCAAUCGGAACGGUCCAAAUUCAUAUGCUGCCUCUUUGGAUGGACAGUGGCUGGAAUCGUAAUGAACAAUCUCUCCAGUAUUCGCUCAAUUGACGCUCCGUGGAGUGAUGUUGACCAUCGUUUGGAUAUGAAGAAUCCAAAAUUGUGGACAUGGAAAACCCCUACUAAAUCCUCAUGGAGUGGAUGGUUUAAAGUUCCGUUUUCAAUGGAAAUGUUAAAAAGUUCAACAGUCAAACAGCUAGAGUUGUCUCUCAUUAUUUUAAUUGAUAUUUAGCAAGCAUUUUAUUUUAAA